AACAUUUUAAAUAUUUAAAAUAAAUAUUUUAUGCAAUAUUAAAAAUUUUUUCUUAGAAAGCAUUAUGUGGAAGUUAAUUUUCAUCAGUUUGGUUGGCUUAGCGAUAGCCGAGAAGAUAAAAUAUGAUAAUUACAAAGUAUUCCGUAUCGCACUUCAAACAAAAGAGCAAUUUGAAAUUGUACGCAAUUUGGAAGAUGUUUCUGACGCGUUCUCUUUCUGGAAAGAACCAAAUACUGUAGAAGGUAUUGCAGAUAUAAUGGUUGCUCCUCAUAAGAUACCAGAGUUUUAUGAUAUGAUGAUGAAAUUGGAUAUUCCUUAUGAUAUCUAUGUCAACAAUGUUCAAGAUUUGAUUGAUAGUGAAAUAUCACCGAUUCAACCGCUAGUUGUAUUUAAUUUCGCUCAAUAUCAUACUCUCGAGGAGAUCUACGCUUAUUUAGAUAGUUUGGCCAAAGCCAAUCCUGGCAAAGUCGAAGUGGUUGUUGGUGGAAAAACAUAUGAAGGACGUCAGAUUAAAGGUGUGAAACUUAAUUUCGGCACAAAUAAACCUGGAAUUUUUUUAGAGGGUGGAAUUCAUGCUAGAGAAUGGAUCACUCCUGCUACUCUUCUUUAUAUAACAAAUGAACUGUUACAUAGCAAUAACGCUGAUAUCCGAGCACUUGCUGAAUCUCACAAUUGGUACAUCUUUCCUAUCUUUAAUCCUGAUGGAUACGUAUAUACUCACACAACGAAUCGUUUAUGGAGAAAAACUCGUAAACCAUAUGGUCUUUUAUGCUAUGGAACUGAUCCUAAUAGGAAUUGGGGAUAUAAAUGGAUGUCUGGUGGUGCUAGCACCAAUCCAUGUUCAGAAACUUAUGCUGGAAGUUCUGCAUUCUCUGAUGUAGAAACAAAAAGUUUAUCUGAAUUCAUCUCAUCUAUCUCGAAUAAAUUUUCUGCUUACAUUGCUUUCCAUAGCUAUUCUCAACUUCUAAUGUUUCCGUAUGGUCAUACUAAAGAUCAUUUAGAAAAUUACAAUGAUGAAGUAAGUAAAUAAUUUAUAAAAUUUGUUACUUAAUUAUGUUAAAAAGA